AACGUUCUGCCAUUGCUCAUUUCCAAGCUCUUGAAAAGCCGCUUAUCCAGUUUGAAAUUGUCGACACCUCAGGCACAUCGGCAACAUUGAUUUCACUUUCCCGUGAACGAUUUAGUAAUUCUUGGUGCAUUUCUGUUGCCGACAUUUUGUUUCUUGGGCUUGCUGUCCUAGUAUGA